AUGUUUGCGAAUGGGAAAGACUACAGAGUCGUUGUGCCUCGCACCGAUGGAAGGCUUGUCACCACCGGCAGAUCGUUGUAUUGUAUUGUCCCCACGAUCGUAGCACAGCGCAGAGUACGCCAUUGCUGCCACGGUGAUGGAACAUCACUCCUGGGAGGGGUGUGGUUGCUGAAGCUUGUUUUAGAUAUUCAGUUUAGAUUUGGACAAGUUUUGAUGGAAUCUAUUGUUGCAGGCAGCACUGGUGCUAAUGCAGACUCGUCGCGAUCACAUGCGAUCAUGCAGUUUGCGCUUAAGCAAUGCAUCGAUGAGAACAAGGACAAGCUCAUUGGGAAGAUGUCAUUCAUCGACUUGGCAGGCAGCGAGAGGGGUGCAGAUACAUUCGACAACAAUAGGCAAACUCGCAUGGAGGGUGCCGAGAUCAACAAGAGCCUGCUUGCGCUGAAGGAGUGCAUUCGGGCGCUGGACAGCGACGCCCGUCACGUGCCCUUCCGGGGCUCCAAGCUCACAGCUGUCCUGCGGGACUCAUUCAUAGGGAAGGAGGCGCGGACAGUUAUGAUCGCCAAUGUGUCCCCCAACUCUAUGUCCGUUGAGCACACCUUGAACACACUGCGCUACGCAGACAGAGUCAAAGAGCUCCGAAAAGACAAGUCUGACAGGACAAGCAGCCAAGUCACUCCUGGCAGUGCACAGCAGCUGCAGCAGCUGCAGCAACAGCAGCAGCAAAUCCUGCAGCAACAGCAGCAGAAGCAGCGAGUGCCGCUCGCUGAGCCCUUCAUGCACACCCCAGAGCGGGCCCCAGAGGCAUACAAUGGCUAUCGAGGCUCCAGCGCAGCUGUAGCAAGCCGAAAUGAUGCGGCUGAUGGGUACCGUGCUGGAAACUCAGUCGCAAGCACCGCAAAUGGUUAUCAACAGCAUAGCACGCCGUCAGGCAUGGCCAGCUUCGAUGUGGACAACAGCACAUACCGCGAUCCUGUGCCGCCUCCCCAACCUCCCCAACAACAUCGGGAGUCGCGGGAGAGCUCCAUGUAUGGCAGCCUGUACCACAGGGAGAGCACUGUGCACACAAGGGACACUGUAGGCGGCCAGGGGCAAGAGAGGGAGAAUGGCGGGCAGCCCAGGGAAAACAAUCCGUUUGUGAGGGAAAGCAAUGAUGCAGGGCCGCAGGCAAGGGAGAACAGCCAACGCAUGCAUGACGCGGAGCUGCUGUCACAGCGGGACGAGCUGAUGAAUGCCAUAUUGGAGGACGAGGAGCAGCUGAUCAGCUCGCACAGGGCCCUCAUCGAGGAGUCCAUGGAGGUUGUGCGAAAGGAGAUGACCCUCCUCAGCGAAGUGGACCAGCCGGGGAGCGCAAUCGAUCAGUACGUGGAGCAGAUGGACGCCAUCCUGAACCACAAAAUGGACAUGAUUCAACAGAUGUGUGGCCGACUGGACGCCUUCAAGCAGAAGCUACGGGAGGAGGAGGUGCUCAGCCGCACCAUUGGCAGGAGGCGCUUGAGACCCUGA